CGACCCGAACCUUUCACCGGGGGUCAAACAGCCGUCAAACCCUUUUCAGGAAGCAGUUCAGAGGAGAGCCAAGUCGACAUUUGUUGUUAUUGUUGUCAUUUGCGUCGUAUCCACCCACUAGCUGUCUGACAGUCUGCUCAGUGGACGCCUUUUCUCGGCCUACGUGGAGGUCUGUUCACCGACGGAUGAAUGGCAGUGACGGCGGCGAGAGCGGUGGCAGCGGGGGGCCCGGCGUCUUUGUCCCGGUUCAGGGGAGCGCUGGUGGCCGCGGUGCUGGGAGACUGUGUCGGCGGAGAGUUUGAAGGAGCGGAGGAGGUUCCCAUGGAGAGUGUACUGCAGCACCUGAGCAGCCUGGACGAUGAAACUAAAGGGAACGGUAUCCUUGAAUACAGUGACGACACAGCAAUGGCACGUUGUGUGGCUCAAUCUCUACUCACCCGGGCCGGCUUUGAUGAGCAGGACAUGGCUCGCAGGUUUGCUAAGGAGUACAGUGCAUCUCCAGGCCGUGGUUAUGGUUCUGGAGUGAUCCAGGUGUUGAAGAAGCUCUCCUCCCCUCAGCUAAGUGACGUGUAUCAGCCGGCCAGGGACCAGUUCAAUGGACGAGGCUCCUUUGGGAAUGGAGGAGCCAUGAGAGCAGCUCCCUUCGCCCUGGCUUUUCCUGACCAGGCAGAUGUCAAAAGGUUUGCUCGUUUGGGUGCCAUGUUGACACACUCCUGCUCGCUGGGAUAUAACGGGGCAGUGCUACAGGCAUUAGCUGUGCACCUCUCCCUGCAGGGAGCGCUAGAUUUACCUCAGCAGUUCAUCAGCAGGCUAAUCACAGAGAUGGAGGAAGUGGAGGGCAAUGAAGCAGCUCGCAAUGACGCCAGAAUCCUGAAAGAAGCAGAGAAGCCGUUUUGUGAGCGUCUUCACAGAAUUAGAGACCUGAUGGACAGAAGCAAGGUCAGCAUAGAGGAAGUCAUCUCUGAACUGGGUAAUGGCAUUGCAGCGCUCCACUCGGUCCCCACUGCCAUCUUCUGCGUCCUCCACUGCCUGCAGCCUCGGGAAUGCCUUCCAGAGAACUACGGUGGCCUGGAGAGGACGAUAGCUUACAGCCUGGCUUUGGGAGGAGACACAGACACCAUAGCCUGCAUGGCAGGGGCCAUCGCUGGAGCCCACUACGGCAUCGAGGCCAUUCCUCAGUCCUGGAUAAAGUGCUGUGAGGGGGCAGAAGAUGCAGACAUGAGUGCAGAGCGGCUUCACAUGCUGUACCACCAGUCGUCACCGGGGGGCAGGAGUGAAACGGGGGAGCAGAGCUGUGAGGACGGAUCUGAAAACAAGUCAAACGCUUCUAACGGCACAGAGGAGAAAAGCGGAAAGAAGUGAUGUCCGAACUGGAUUUUGAAUAAAGAACUCUCUCUUACACACUCAGACACACAUUAAGGAUACAUAAGAGACAAUUUACCAUUUUCAAUUUCAGAUUUUUUUGGAUGGAAAACCCUAUUUUGGAUCUAGCUGGUAUUAAAACCUUUCAGAUUAUGUUACAAAACCGCUUGUUUCCAAACUGUCCAUAUGCCAUUUGUCAAGUCACAGAUCAUUAAAGCUGAAAAAGAAAAUUAAAAGAGAGAAUGUGGCACUUACACAUUGGACAAACCACCCAGAGCUUCAGUCAAACAGUAAUUUGGUCUGAAUAUGUAUGAAGAGUACGUUAAGCUCUCUCUCCUCCCUGCUCUUCCCUGUUUUGUGUUGAACAAUCUUUUGUCUUGUGAAAGUUGCACUAUGAAUUGGCCAUGUCUUGUUUUAUCCUUUUGGUGGAUAAUUAUUUAAUAAACUUUUUUUUUUUUAAAUUCA